AGCCUGGUCUGGUUUGGUUUUGCGAGAUACUUUGGUCUGGUUUUGAGUUUAGCAGGCGACGAAUGUGAUUGAAAGCUGAAGAAGCAGAGACAAAUAAGGGAAACUUUAAGAGAUGGCGUUUAAGCCUUUCGGGAAAGAUGUUGGGCCGUCGAUGAGCUCCAAGCCAUCACCGUUUACAACCUUUGGCACUUCUGCUCCUACACAUCCCACCACCACCAGGAGACAGGACCUGCUAAUGGAAUACCAUGGGGUGCGGAAGCUUUUCCACGUCCAAGCCUCUCUCUUGGCAGCAGUGUUAAUCACACAACUCAAUGCUUCAGUCUUCUACAAUAGAAAAUAUAGCAGUAGGAAUCUGUGGCUGAGAUUUCGAGGGUUGCGGAGCUUCACCAGACUAGAUAAGUUUCUUGACUUCAUUCUCUGGUUUAAGUUAUACAGGCUUUAAUUUUGGCAUCCUCUAAGUCUUAUUGUUGUUUGUAUGCAGGUUUUUGGGGUAUACAAGUUACAAGGCGAGACAAGUAGAACCCG